AUGGCAACUAUCUUCACAACUUCAUUCAAACUCAUCAUCCUCUUAGCUCUCUCCUCUCCCCUACAUCAGCCCCUACUCGUAAAUUCAGCUGAAUUUGAAGUGAAUGAUGAGAAAGGCUGGAUCAUUCCCUCCUCUACUAGUAACCAAACUUACAACAAAUGGGCAAGCCACCAUAGGUUUCAAGUCAAUGACACUAUUAGAUUUAAGUAUGAAAAAGAUUCGGUUUUGGAGGUGAGUGAUGAAGAGUACAGUAAGUGUCACUCGUCUCGCCCGAUCUUCUUCUCCAACAAUGGAGACACCAUCUUCGAAUUCAAUCGUUCAGGGCUGUUUUAUUUCAUCAGCGGCGUCUCGGGACACUGUGAGAGGGGACAGAAGAUGAUCAUCAAAGUGUUGGAGACUAACUCGUCGCAGCAGCUCCAACCACCACCAAGCCCAAAUAUACCUGACCUGAGUGCUGCAGUUGGUCCCACUGUUGUUGUGUUGCAUAAAAAUUGUCAUUCUUGGCUGCCGGAAUUGGAACUUGAAACUCGGGUUCUCAAGCUAGAGAGAGUCGUUGCUGUGCUAAAAGCAGCAAAAUUUGGCAACAAAUGUGUGAAAUCUAAGUAUAGCAGUAGUUCAACUUUAGCUUUAGGAUAA